AGUUUCUUGAGCUAAGGAUCGACGCAGCUACGUUCCCAAAGUCAUACAGAUCAAGGCUUCUUUUCGUUUCCACCACCAAAAAAAAUGGCUCUUGCGACUUCUUCGACUAGCCGCUCGGAAAAGCGCAAGGAGCUCGAGGCAGCAGUCGAUGCGGUCCGCGAAAACGCGACCAGACGCGUAAGCCUGGCUGCGCAGACAGCCUAUAAGACGGCCAAGGAGGAGCUCAGGCGCGAAACCCGGUCGAUAUGAGAGUGCGCAAGAACACUUUCCCGCCCUUUAUUUGAGCGGAAACGUGUUGAGCUGGAAUAGAAGCGCGGGGGUGGUUUACUUAUCGUGGACCCGUGCAUGGAAAUCUCUUGCGUAGACUUAAAAAAGCACCGCUCAGGGUCUUUUCGUGACUUGUCAUGCGAACUGUGGCAGAGCAAAGCAACGGAUAGAUACUCAGUGUGAAUUUGGCUAGGUAUUUGCAUAUACAAAUAAGACUAAGGGUGAGUGGGGUGCUGCACUCUCAUAACAGCAGCACUGUUGGAUACUCGCACUGGCAGGAGUGUUGGUGUUCUUUGGACUAGCACUAAUUAUGAUUGGAAAAGAAUCUCGAGGAAAUUGGCCAGAGGACCAACCAUGAUGCAUGUUGGUUGCGAGAAUCCUAUUCGCUUUUCUUCUGUUCCUGUUUCCCCGGCUGCGGGACACGACCAUGCGUGCGACGUUAAUUUGAACAGAUGAGCCUGAGGCACAGACUCGGAAUAUUUAUAUGUGAAUGGAUGCAUUGUCUUGUGGAUCUAGCAUGACAGAUACAGCCGGAAAGUCAGUGCCCCAUUUUCGAUGCUGCACCAAUAACAAUAGUACUCGAAGAUUUUAAGAUUGGGAUCCUGCUCGUAUUCACUGGAAACACGUCAGUUUGGGCUUGGAUGGAAAUGCAAUGAGGUAAUUUCGGCAGCCUAUUUGCAGUGGCUGCGAGACUCUCUAUGUGCAUGGUCCUCAGCUCGUAAUUUUGUUGGGCAAGAAGUUGCGCCGCAGAUGAGUUUGCUGAUGUUGAUGAUGGUUUUCGAGUACCUGUCUGUUUCAGCGAAUUCACUGCCUGCGUAUCACAUUUUUGUCUGCGAUAUCACCCGACCAUUACAAAUUUAGCUGGACAAAUUUCAUUGCAUCACUUCCGGAUCGCAGGCUGGCCUGCUUACGGUGGAUAGGUCGUAUGGUUCGCAUAUAAUUCGGGUUACCAUCGCGGUACGACCGAGGCACACACACUCCACUCCGAGUUAACAACGCAGAUGCUCUAUCGCGUGCAAAUAUGUCUGGGCCUGGAAGAGUGCGCCUUCCACCUCUCAUGCAUUUCCUGGACCAGCGUCCAGCCCCAGGCAGGUGGUCUGGAAAUCGAAUGCGCAAAGAUGCAUCACAGAUUGCAUGGGAAAUCCUUCAUGCCAAAAAAUUCGUACGGGAAUUCGCUCUCUGCGUAGGAUGUGGGUAAGUUUUGGCGGUCACGCAACGCAGAUUUCUGUAGCCGUACGAUCAUCCAGCCGCCGCCCUAGUGUGACAAGAUGCAGUGUUUCCGACCCAGGCAUAAGUAUUUGCAUUUGAUACGCCCGCACUCUCCUCCGUGAUGGAAAAGAACUGGGUAUCAACUAGAGAGUUGUCUGAGCCUGGAAAGAUCAAGAUGCACAUGGUUGUCAUGUUGAUCCUCGCGUGCCCGAGCCGGGAACUUACCCUUCUCGCGUCCGGUGUGUCAACAUGACAAACUUUUUUCGGAUCAUUUUUAUAAGCAUGCUUCAGUUGAUCUUGAUGUUUACUAUUACAACGACGUCCUGACAAAUUCAAUAUCAAAAAAAAGAAAAUCGGCUUGCACAUCACAGCUAGCCAUUGCUCGUAUUCAAAAUUCAAUUUGUAAGGACGUCAUGAUAUUAGUCCCAUACAAAUUCGCUGAAGGAAGGAACAUUGGUUCCAGCAUUACAAAAGAACAUUCUGGCACUGGUUAAUGGAAUUCAUGCGUUAUAUUAUUGUUCGCGUGAUGAGUUUGAGUACAGCACGCGCAUCGCUAAUCCAGGACGCUCAGGCGAAUUUCUAUUGCAUAUGCAACUGUGAUGGAGGAACGCUUUUCAACGCAUGAGACCUGGCACAAGGCGACGAACACCACUCUCGCCGGGGUAUAGAAAAUAAGUAUCUAAAUUCGCAACUUGGUUCGAUGCUUCACUUUUCUGCGUCAACGAGUAAGUACAGGAGGCGGAUAGGAAUAUUUAUGCAACGCCGCAACAAGUACAAAGCGCUUUCAUCUUCUCACGAGACUUUUUGCGUUGUGUUUGAAUAAACUGAACCAUGUUGAGACCGACAUAAUUCUCAGGUAAAUGAGACGCUGAGUUUUGUUGGCCGCAAGGUCUUUGAACGGACCCCGCUGGAAGUGAGGAAAAGAACAAGCACGAUGGUGCACAUCCAGGACCGGGCGACGUGGAUGCAGUUUUGGAACGGAAACGAUACGGGGUUUUACGACGUCGCGAAGAACAAGAUCAAAAGUGAGAAAGAGCCCCAGGCGUGGUGGCAUCUUUCACACCUCAUCCCGACAGACUCGGGGGCGGGCGACGGCGUUGUCGGGAUGGGAGCUGCGUCAACAUCUUCUGCAGUGGAGAUCAAACCGCAGUCCGAAUUUAACGACGAAAACAAGAUCUCCACUUCUACUGCGUCCAAUAAAAUUUCCACUUCGACUCCCCUGGCCUACGACGUCGCGGAGGAGAAGUGCGUGCAGAACUUCAUGGCACGCAACAACAUCGCCUAUCACGCACGACGCCCCUCGGUCCUCUUCACGCCCCUACCGCGCAUCGUGCCCUUGUGCGAAAUCAAGGCGGCGUUGAAUAAUCUCUGGGACGAAUUUCGCACACUGAAAGAAGCCGAAGGCAAUUUGCGAUAUGAGUCCAAGCAGGAAAUCGAGAAACUGGGCCAGGACCUGAACGAAAUCAACAAUACCCUGGCGCCGAGAGUGCGGAACAUCGAAACGGCUCACGCGAUGUACGAAUGGAUUGGCAACUACCUGAUCAAAUCGAACGAAACGAGCAGUAUAGUGGAAAAAGACGAAAUCAAAGGCGAGGAGCACUCGCCGUCCGAUUUUCCCGAAGAUGGUGCGAACCUGCUGCGAGAUCAGCUUGCCCCCGCCCGGUUCAAGAAGAACAAGGAGAAGCGCGACUCCGAGCUCAGCAUGGGUGAUGAAUCGCAGAAGCAAACGGAGACGGGGCGGGUCCAGAAAUCUGUCGGUGCGUCGACUGAUAACGAGGUCGUCGCGUAAGUAGUCUGGUCGUGUGACGGCCGAGCUUGCUGCCGCCCAUGAUUACUUCACUUCAGUACGCAGAAAGCUGCCAACUGAUAGAUCGUCCUAGACACUGUCCCGCCUACCGUCGUGCACGCUGCCGCCAGUCGUCGUCUUCUUCUUCGACGCCUGCACAACAUCCCAGGGACCAAUUCUUCUUCUACAUCUCAUGGGGCGGUAAGUGUGGUGGACUCCAUGGGCUGCGGCUGACAGACCAAACCCAUUAGCUACGACGCCAACAGCCAGAACGCAGCAACCUCUCGCAGAUGCGGUCGUAGUGCACAGGAAUCCGAUCGAGGAUGGACGUUUUUUGUCGUUAGCGGCUACUGUCGGUUCGGCAAGAGGGGCAAUUUCAAAACUUCAUCCCUGACCGUCAAUGCCUCGGCCUAGGCAUCAGACAUCGAAAUAGUACACAGUUUUCCGCAAAAAAAAUAAACCUACUUCACGCAUCAUGCAUGCAGGGUGCAGGACAUACAAGGUCCCAUUUUUGGCCCGAUAGUCUUUUUCAAAACGACAAUGUCCUACAUGCUGAGUUCUUUUUUUUACAUGCAAUCGAUUCUAGUUCUACGUAUUUCAUUCACUAUCAAUCAUUCUUUUAUCAUAAGCGUUCACGACUACUGUGUUGUUUUUAUGCAAAGAAACCUCGCACGACCAAUGUUGUAUCUUCUUCUAUUAAACCUCCGCAAAACGCAAAAAGCCGAAGCGUCCAACUGGAAUUAUACUUUAAUGCAAAAU